UGUCAGUAGCUUCCAUUUAAUAAAGCAUAAUUCUUUUAUUGCUGUAGAGGAGUAAAAAAUUGUAUCAAAAGUUUUGUCUAUCGUAUAACGUCCUCAACAAGUACAUAUAAUAUAAGUAUCAAUAAAGUUUAUAGAUAUUGUGAUUCUGAAUAGAGUUUGUUAAUCACGCCAGUGUUUGACAGCAGUUGCACCAAGUUGCAUGCUGUCUCUGUACACGUCAUAACUUCCCUGAAUGUUGAAAAGCGAAACAUUUCGUCAAAAAAUAUGGAAAGUUUGUACCAUCAAACGAACAAAUUAGUUCAGGAAACUCAGCAUCUUUUCUCGUUUCUUGAGAAAAAGACUCCUAAUCUUGACGUUCAAGAAAUAGAAGAAAGCAUAGAAUCAAAAAUAAGUCUCAUCAACAGUAAUUGCGAAAGGUUAGACGUUCUGUGCCUGAAAGGUCCAAUAUAUCAGAGGCAGAAUGCUAAAAUGCGUGUGGAUCAAUUGAAAUAUGACAGUCGCCACCUCGCAGCUGCCUUAAAUUCUUGGCGAGGCAAAAUGAUUAGAAAGCAAAGGGAGGAGGCUGAAAGGGAAGCACUGUUAUCCAGACAAUUCACUACGAAUGAUCAUGUAGACAUCAUGAUAGAUCACAAUGUGCAACAUAAUUCGAGUUUAAAAAAUGCGGUAAAUGGGGUGGAUGAUCUUCUUCAGAGUGGAAGUAAUAUUUUGGAUAAUUUACGAUCUCAGAGGAUAACUCUGAAAGGAGCUCACAAGAAACUGAUAGACAUUGGCAAUACAUUGGGACUUUCUAAUACCACAAUGAGGCUGAUAGAACAUAGAGCAAAGCAGGAUGGUUUCAUAUUGGUCGGUGGAAUGAUAUUCACAUUACUUGUAAUAGUCUUAGUUAUAAUUUAUCUUGCAUAGAACACGUUUUAUCUUUUAAUGUAUGCAGAGGAAAUAUUGAAAUAUCUCAUUUAAGAAAUGAGCAAGCAGUUGCUUUUAGACCUGUAUAGAAAUAUUUGACACCUUUUUCAUUGUACGAGAUGCAUUAAGUGUAAAUUAGUAUUCAAUGCUUCACCCUUUGUACGUUGAAUUAAAUCUUGUAUUAUCAGUAUAAAAUCAGUAAUUUGUUACUAGUUGUAUAUUGAACAUGGAUUUGUACAUAAUAAAAUAAGAGUUAAUAAUUGUAUAAGAA